AUGCCGAUUCCAAUAGUGCUGCUGCUGCUCCUGUUGACUGCAGCUAAAGCGGAUGUCAAGCACCUAUCGCCAAACUAUUUGCCACCCACGGCCAAGCAGUUGGAUGAGUUGGCUCCAGCCCAGGAUGGAUUAUACUUCCCCUCCGCAGGUGUACAGCUGCCCUCGGGCUAUGCCGUGCCGACAGGCAGCAAUGUGGGAGCACCACCCCAGUCGCCACCCAAUUUUCCGUUGCCCAUUUAUCCGCCAUUCUUUGGCUUUGGCACGGGAGCAGAAGCUCUAACUGGCGAACAAGCCUUGCCGCUUCCCAAUGAGGCGCAUUUCACAGCAACACCUGGACAAUUAUCCAUGGCAGCGCCUUUUGUGCCACAGGCUGCUCAGUUGCCAGCACAGUUCCACUUUAAUCCAUCCAUAGGCCAUCAAUAUCCUGUGGGCAUUAUGGGCGGACAGUUUCCAAUUGGCGCUCAGGGUGGUGCGUUCACAGUGGGCGCGCAGCUGGGACCAUUUGCAGGCCAGGGUCCAGUGGGCCCACCCGACUAUCUGACGACGCAAGCCUUGCCCAUGGCGGGCCCACUGCAGCCCUUCCAGCAACACGCAACAUUCGGCCCUCCAGCUGGUCUUAAUCCUUUCCAGCAGCAGCAACACCACAACCAUCACCACCAAAGCUUUUCUCCCAGCUUUGGCCUGUCUGCCCAUCACCUGGCCGAUGAACUUGAGCGGCAACCAAAGAUCCAAGCUCUGGCUACGAGCACGCCCCAGCCGCAUCCCAAGCAGGGGGACACAGUCUAUGCCCCCAAUGGCGGUUAUGUCUAUGAGCGCGGUCACUGA